GUUGCUAAGGGCCUCAUUGAUUAAAAAUGGACCUUUUUGUCCAUAGCAACCAGUCUGCUGUGAUAAAAGGAAAGCUGUGGUUGCUAGGGGCAACAAAGACUUUAUUAGUUUUCAGCCUUUAGGCUUCAACCCGUGGCACUCCAGCUGUUGUAAAACUACAACUCCCAGCAUGUCUGGAUCUUAAAGAGAGAUUGUGUCAAUCUUGGCCACUUUACUACCAUAAACAGCACCACACCCGUCCAUGGGUCACGUCUGGUAUAGCAACUAAAAAGCUCAAUUUUGACGUGUUUCUAAAAUUGCCUCAGAUGAAGGAAUACAGUAAUAGGAUCUGACAAUCUGUGAUUUCCGGCUCCUCUGAAUCGCUGAAGUCCUGAACACUGUGAGACAAGAUUAUCCCAAGUAGAUUGAAGAAUCUAGAAGAUCCGGAAAUAGUCUGGUGCCUCUGAGUUCAACCGGUUAUUGGAGAGAUUGCACCUCCGCAGGAUGCCGAUCAACCAGGGUGGACGGUCCUAGGGUGGAGUCUGGGGGAUGAAAUAUCCCAUUGGUGUGUGCUGCCUUAGGACUCAAGGAAAUCAAAAUUACAGGUGUUACAUAAAGCAUCUGUAGUACUCCCAUUGGCCACAGGGUGGUGCCUCAGUGCUCAAGAAAACAAUUUUACGUCAUUGACGUAUUCCAGGGAGAGUGCGGUCCAGGGGGAGAGCGCGACACGUCUCUGAUUCAUUCCAAAGAGCGUGAACAAUGAGUACGCAAGAUGUAACGGUGAAGAAAGAGAAGCCUGAAGAGCUGCUCCAGCCCGUGCUGUGGAAGCAGAAGGCCAAAAAUUCUGCCAAGAACAAAAUGGAAGAUGGCGUCGAGGAGGUGCCUGCCGAAAUCUGCGUGGUGAUCGGAGAUAACCGGAACCAGCAGAAUAUUGCAGGUGGAGAUUCUCCAGAGAGACUCGCAGCAGCCAUGAGCAGGGAACCAUCCUGGAGCGGCAGCAGCCGUCCACGUAGCAUCCCCCCAAGAAUCAGCACAUCCUCUCCAGGGUCCUAUGAAUGUGGGAUUUGUAGGAAAAAGUACAAAUAUUACAACUGCUUCCAGACUCACGUACGAGCGCACAUAGACAAUGAAGCGGCUUCUGUAGAGGGUGCUGCACAGGGAAACAACUUUCGCUACACGUGCGACGUCUGUGGCAAAAAGUACAAAUAUUACAGCUGUUUCCAGGAGCACAGGGACUUGCAUGCGGUGGACGACACCUAUAUCCAUAUGAUGGUAACGUCAGGGGACGCAAAGGAAGACGACCUAGAUCCAUGUGUCAAACUUGGUCCAAAAACCGGUAAUUAUAUGUGUGAGUUCUGCGGCAAACAGUACAAAUAUUACACUCCGUACCAGGAGCAUGUAGCUCUGCACACCCCGAUCAAAAGCGCAUUCAACCAAGAUGUGGAAGCAAAGCAGCCCAACAACUAUGAGGAGACCAAUAGCAAUUCCCAGCAUUCCAGUGCCGGCUCGAGUCGAACACACGCAGGGAUGUCUGACAUGGUGGGCGGCAGCGUAGGCGGCAGCAGCAUGACCAACUGGCAGAAGGAAGCCACCAGCCCCAUGACCUCCAGCUCGUUCCCGCUCAUGCAAGGCAAAGGAUGGAAAAAGAAGAUAAAAAGAAAGGAAGAAACAAACAACAAAUCUGUGAAAGAAGAGAAAAGUGGUAAAGUAGAAGAACCGUACACUUGUGGGGCUUGCGGGAUUCAGUUCCAGUUUUACAACAAUCUCCUGGAGCACAUGCAGUCACACGCUGCCGACAACGAGAACAACAUUGUCACCAACCAGUCCAGGUCGCUGCCACCUCCGGAGGAGAACUGGAAGUCUCAACCCCAACCUCAACCCCAAAGAAACAACAUUAAUAACACAGUUGCAGCGUCUUCUGCACCGGUUCCAGCCGUCAACAACUCUAUCCCCGAAAAGGAGCGCCAACACAUCGCCGAAAGGCUCCUGAGGGUAAUGUGUGCCGACCUGGGGGCCCUGACGGUGGUGAACGGUAAAGACUUCCUAAAGCUGGCACAGACCCUGGUAGACACUGGAGCCCGAUACGGGUCGUUCCCUGUAAGCGAAAUUCUGGGUAACAUGAACACUCUAGCAUUGAAGCACCUGCCACGAAUGUACAACCAGGUCAAAGUCAAGGUGACCUGCGCCCUGGGGAGCAACGUCUGCCUGGGGAUCGGGGUCACCUGUCACUCGCAAAGCGUAGGCCAGGACUCCUGUUACAUCCUUACCGCAUAUCAGGCCGAAGGGAAUCAGAUAAAGCGCUACGUGUUGGGCAUUAAAGACGUGGAUAACAGAGACAGUGGCGAGUUCAUCCACCAGUGGGUGCAGAACGUCCUAUCGGAGUUCGUUAUGUCGGAGAUAAGGACAGUGUACGUAACGGACUGCAAGGUCAACUCCGCCGCCUUCGCCAAGGUCGGGACCUGCUUGCGUUGUUCCGCUUGCUCGUUGAACGCCGUGGUACAGAGCGUGUUGAACAAGCGCACGUUGCAGGCCCGUAACAUGCACGAGGUCAUAGAACUUUUGAAUGUCACGGAGGAGCUGGCAGGGUCAGCCGGGAUCGCCAGGGAGACGUUCGGUUCCUUAGAAGAAAGCUGUCCACCUCCUUGCUGGAACUCCGUCACGGACUCCCUUUUGCUUGUUCACGAGCGGUACGAGCAAAUCUGUGAAUUCUACAGCCGGGCGAAAAAACUGAGCAUCAUCCAAAACCUAAACAAGCAUCUACUGAGCAACUUGGCCGCCAUAUUGGCCCCGGUGAAACAUGCGGUCAUCGAGCUCAGCAACGAGCGCAAACCGACCCUCCAGCUCGUUCUUCCCACCUACGUGAAGUUGGAGAAGCUCUUCACCUCGAAGGCCAACGACGCCGGGGUAAUCAGCAAACUCUGCCACCUGUUCCUCGAAGCGUUGAAAGAGAACUUCAAGGUGGAGUCUGCGCACAAAGUUGCUAUGAUCUUGGACCCUCAGCAGAAGCUCCGGCCCGUUCCCCCGUAUCAACACGAAGAGAUCAUCAGUAAGGUCUGCGAACUGAUCCACGAGGUCCGAGACGGGGUCGAGGAGGCGGAGUUUGAAGCGCCGGCCAAAAAACCCAGACAAUCCAACGAGACAACCAAAGUUCAGGAAGACGACCGGCUGGAGAAGAACGAAGUCUAUGACUAUCUACAGGAACCUCUCUUUCAAGUGACUCCGGACCUCUUCCAGUAUUGGUCAUCCGUUUCCCAAAAACACACACACCUCUCCAAACUGGCCUUCUGGCUUCUGGCGGUCCCUGCGGUCGGGGCGCGGAGCGAGUGUGUGAACAUGUGCGAACAGACAUUACUCAUCAAGAGGAGGAGACUUCUCAGCCCCGAAGACAUGAACAAAGUCAUGUUCCUGAAGUCCAACAUGUUCUGAGCCGGUCAUGUUUUUUUGGGGGUGGGGAGGGGGUUCGGACUAUUUUUAAACACUGUUCCAAAAAAAAAAAAAAGUGAAUGACAAAGGAUUUUAUGCUGAAAACACUGUGGACCUCAAAAAGGAAACGCUAGGAACCAAGUGCUUUUUCUUUUAGGUUGUUGUUUUUUUUUUUGUUUUUGUUUUUUACGUCAAACUUGAGAAAGACAGACUGAGUCUUGUUCUUAGGAUUAACCCUUGAGCGAUGGCGACUGUUCUUUGCGCUACAGGCAGCUGACUUCCAAAGUCACUUGAAGAUUCAAUUUUUCAUUCUUUUUCCUCAAAGUUAGGUUGUUUUUGUAUUUUUUAUUUUUUUUGUGUUUUCUCUACAUAUAGUAACUAUUUAUUUUUCACAGUUUUUUUUUUUUUUGGCAGGGCCUUAGUAUACAGUGAGUGUAUUUGUUAAAAAUCGACUUUUAAAAUAAUUUAAGAUUAAAAAGUAAAAAAAAAAAAUAAUGGGAAGAAAGGAGGAGAAAAAAAAAAUAUUGGAAGGGAAGAAGGAGGAAAAAAAAAACCUUCAAGCAGCCGCGAGGCGGAAAGGACUGAAGAUUUCUCUCUUCGCUCCCUGUUUCGUUGAAUUGUUUUGAAGUCUUUUACGUGGUUUUAUUCGAAAGGAAAACCGCCCGCUUGUAUUUUUUUUUUUUUACGUCUGUUCUUUAGACUACUGUACUGUUAGAACCCACCUUAUCGCUCUGUUUUUCCGAUCUGAAGAACGUAAAUUUUUUAGGGGGGAAAAAAACUUUUAUUUAUUUUUUAGUUUUAUUUUAUUUUUAUUUUUUUUCACCUAACUUCUCUAUGGUCUGGAAUGUAAGGACUUCACAGGACGAGCAGUGGUUGAAUGUAUGUGCAAUAUCUGGCACUAUAGCAGUGGUUUUCAACCUGCGGACCUCCAGA